GUUGCAGCUACUGCACUUGCUUCUUCGCUUAAUCCUCGUGGCGGAUGCGCUCGGGCAUACCUGUCUAAGGGAAAUACAUUUUAGGAAAAUGGCUAUAUCUGGAGCAUCGCGAAAGGCACGCGAAGGCUGGGGCUUCGGGCGCGUCCUUCUGCUCGCGGCGUCGCUCUGUCUCGUGGGCACGGCGCUGUUGUUUUUAUAUGAACUGGGAGGAACAUCGAACAUCAGCGGCAAGCACGUCGGCAGCGCCAAACUAACGGCGCUCGUUUCGCGAUUGCGAGGGGGUUCGGGUCGCUUUGUGCGCACGACCGAGGUUGGCGAUAUCUUCGGCACGCUGUUCCACUCGGAGCUCGUCGGCAUCAUCAAAGUACAAGACGCCGGCGGCGGCUCUCGGCUGCUUUCCACGCUGCAGUCCAUGCAGGCGGCCGGCAUCAAGACUGUCAUGUUCAGCCUGGAGUGGGGCUGGUUCGAGCAGGCCGAGGGGCAGCUCAACUGGGCGCAUGUGGACUUACUGGCCGGCACUGCGUGCAACUCCACAAAACUCAAGGUGGCGAUGAUUGUGGACGUGCUGCGUGCGCCGGGCUGGCUGUUCCGCAAGUGGCCGCACAGCCGCUCGUUCGACGCGGGCGGCCGCAACUACAGCCACCUGUCCUGGUUCCACGCGGGAGCCAACGCGGUGGCGCUGGACCGACUGCAGCAGGUGGCCACGCGGCUGUCGGGCCAGUUCGGGUCGUGUGCGGUGGCCAUACAGCCCGCAUACAACAACGAGUACGAGGCCAAGUUCACCCAGGAGUACGACGCCUACCAGGACUACAACCCGCACGGCCUGGACACAUUCCGCGGCUGGCUGCAGCGGCGGCAGCCCGACCUGGCGGCCAUCAACAAUAGGUGGGGCACCAAGUUCUCCAAGUGGGAGGAGGUGGCGCCGCCCAGGCUGUUCGCGGGGGCGGUCAUGGGGCCAGACGACAGCGCCAGGUUUUGGGACUGGAUGCGUUUCCGCACGGAGGCGGGUGCGGACGUGUUGAACGGGGCCUGCCGCACCGUGCAGGCGGCGGGGCUGCAGUGCUUCCACCACUUCCCGGAGUUCUUCUCUGUGCUGGACGCCAUUUACGGCGCCACCAUGUUCCCACUCAUCGCCGGCAGCAACGCAACGGACUUUGUGAUCAUGGACUCGAAUUUCCGCACGCCCUACGGCACGUUGAUGGACCCGAGCAAGCUGCGUUUCUACGUGGCAGCGGCCCGGGCCUUUGGCAAGCGGACGUACUUCGAGGCGGCUGUGGAGCGGUACGCCAGCAUGAACCUGCUGGAGGCCGGCUACCGCAACGCGCUGCUGGCGGGUGCGCCCAACCUGGGCCUGACCAACUGGCUGACGCGCGUGGAGAUGAACGCCAGCCUCACGCGCGCGCUGCUGGCCACCAGCCGGCCCGCCUGCGCCGCGGACGAGGUGGUGGGCGUGUUCCUGCACCUGGACUCCUGCGCCGCCUUCCACGGGCCGCAGUGGCAAUGGGCGCGCAAGGACCCGCUCCAUGACUUCGUAGAGGAGCUGGCGCUGCGCCUGACCGCCCGCUGCGAGACCGACAUCGCCGUCUUCAUCUCGCUGCCCGCCCUCACCGCCGCGCUGCCCUCCCUGGACCGGGUGGUGUUUGUGGAGCCGCUGCUGCUGCCGGGCGGCGCCGCGGAGCUGGGCGCCUACGUGGCGGCCAAGGCGGCGCUGCGGGCCUCGGGGCUGCCGGUGGAGGCGCUGCGGCUGCCGGGCAACGGCACGGGCGGCCUGGCGCUCAAGGUGCUGGACCGGCUGGAGGGAGGGGGGGAGGCGGUGUGGAAGGAGUAGGAGGAGCAGGGGUGGCGUGGGGUGGGGGAGAGGCAUGGCAGUCGUGGGGCUGGGGGGGUGGGCCUGGUGGUGGGUGUGGGGUUUUGGCCAGAUAUGUUAAGAGGCGGUGUUCAGGGCAGGUUGUGCGUCAGGACAUCCGGACGUCUUGAAAAGUUGUGUGCAUGCAUUGUGGCACUUGUGUGUGAAAGCAAGUCGCGAGUCCACGGGGACUGACGUGGGGGGGGGGGGCAGCGAGGAGGACAGGUGUGAUGCCGGACUCAAACAAGCGGGCCGCACUGGCAGGGCGGGUAGAAUUUAUCAAACCUCAAGUCAUCAAGAAUCAGAAUCGGCCGGCUUUCGUUUAGGACUUAGGCAGCGAAUGGGCUGUGCUGCAGGUGGGGCUUUGUGGCCGAUGUGGAGUCGUAUAUGCUGUGAGUCAGUGCGAAAGUGUUACGGGCACUGGAGCGUGAACGGGGGCGUGUGGAAUGCAUGCUGUCAGUGCUGUGCAGCCACUCGGGGCCGGGCGCACGGGUGCAGGCACGUGUUGGUGCGGGGUCAGGAAUGCAGGAAAGGCACCAGGCGGUAGGAGAGACCAUGAUUAGUCUGCGGCAACCGGUAUGCUGCGGGGGACGAGGAGGUGGCUGGGCCGCCGCCGUGUAGGUGUGGCAUUGCUGGCUCAUCUGGUGGAAUGGCGGCUCCGCGGCUGCCGGCUGGGCGUUUGCCAAGGGCGCUGUACGGACGCGUGAAAUGUCAACUGCGCUGGCUCCGUGUUCCCCUGCAAUCCAGUGCGGCCCCUUUGAUGGUUCUACACCAUGUAAAAGUCUAAAAGG